ACCAUUCUCCACUGUCCAAGGAGAUCACACACGAAAGCUAAGACCCCUCUCUCUCUCUUCUUUUCUCUGUGAGUGUUGUGUUUGCUUCUAAGGUGCUUAAGGAGCACUCUAUUGUUUCUGCGAGGUUUCAGUUCUUUUGGUGAAUGGUGGUGUUGAGCUGAUUUCUUGCUGGUUUGGAUUCGGGCGACCCGAUUGGUUUUGGAAUGGAUCCGGGUGCGAUGAUGAACGAGGGCUCGUUUGGGAAUGGGGGAGGCAAUACGGUGCCGUUUAGCUUGGCGGAGAUCUGGCCGUUUCCGCAGGCCGUCAACGCUGCUGGAGGCGGCGCCUUGGGGCUCAGGAGGCCGCAGUUUGGCUUGGGACAGUUUGGGGAUUUCAUUGCCGGUCCCAACCGGGAACCUGGAGCGGUUGCUUCAGAACAGAAGGCGGCCAGCGGUGGCGGUGGCGGUGGCGGUGGCGGUGGUAGUAGGAAGAGGCGUGAAUCAGAGGAGGAAUCCCCUAAGGGUGUUUCCACCAGCAAUGUUGCACCUAAUGCCGUGGUAAUUUUCAUUAUUGCCUCUGUUUAUCCAAUUACUACAACUAAUUUACUGUUUAGUUCAGGAAAGCCUGCGGACCAAAAUAAUCAGACACCACCACCUGACCCUCCUAGGCAAGAUUACAUCCACGUCCGAGCCAGAAGGGGUCAAGCUACUGAUAGCCACAGUCUUGCUGAAAGAGCUAGAAGGGAAAAGAUUAGUGAAAGGAUGAAAAUUCUUCAGGAUUUGGUCCCUGGUUGUAAUAAGGUUAUUGGAAAAGCAUUGGUCCUUGAUGAGAUAAUUAAUUAUAUCCAAUCCCUUCAGCGUCAAGUUGAGUUUUUGUCAAUGAAGCUUGAAGCAGUGAAUUCAAGACUGAACACUGGCAUUGAAGCUUUUCCUCCUAAAGAUUUUGGUCAGCAAACAUUUGAUCCGGCGAGCUUGCCAUUUGGUUCUCAGGCUACUAGAGACUAUAGCAGAGGUUCUUCCCCAGAGUGGUUACAUAUGCAGGUAGGAGGUGCUUUCGAAAGAGCAACGUAGCCUGUGAAAUCCCUUUACAUUGUAAUAAAAAUGCAUAAACAAGCAGUAUUAUUCCGCCGUCCAGUGGCUCCCAGAAAAGAAAAAAGAAAAGAAAAAAGAAAAAAGAAAGCAAAUGGUAUACUGAAGGUGUUAAGUCUAAUGAGCACCUCCUCCCCAUUUUCUACACAUGGAGCUAUUAUCGUUUUCACGACUGCUUUAGUUAGUAUUUUAAGGAUCCCCCAUUAUGUUCUGUGUUGGAAAAUGAAUUGAUUUACUCAAGAGUAUGUAGUAUAGUGGACUCUUCUUCAGGCUUUUCCGUGGUGAUACCCAACAUAACCACUUAAAAAUGAUUAUUCUUGUUGUAAAAGAAUGUUAUUGCUUGUCCUGAAUACAUAAUGCUUACAUAUUGUGUAAUAGUCUCUCAACAUUGGUGUUUGUUUGUGAAAGAAAUGUUGAAUAAAUGAAGCAAAUAGAACUUUGUUAAA